UCCCUCAGACGGUGGUCCGCUCAAUGAGGCUUCCCACCUACUUCGCCGGCGUCAUCCAGUUGGUACCUGGUCAGCAGGGUUGGUUUAAGGUGAUCAGAUUCUACCCUAACCUCUAUUUUCUCUCUCCUGGCCCUUAAAGGGUUUGUGGACCAAGCAAGCACCUUGUGCUGCGUUUAGAUGUCUCCUUCCGCUCGCUCCAGCCCUUCAUCCCUUCCAAGUCAAAGUCAGACGCUGGGACCGCGAGUCUGGUAAAGCCGUAGAUGUGGCUGCCGGACUGACGUCUAGUAGUGGGUUCUCGGGCUUGGGAAGGUGUUUAAGCAAAGGCUGAAAUUUGGUGGUGGUGGAGUACAAGUGAUUCCUACAUUGGGUGGUGUAAUAAAUAGCUUUCAAAAUCCUUUUCUAGCCUUAAAAAGUACGAUGGAUGCUGCAGUAGGAUCUGGCCAGAGACAUCAGCCUCCAGCAAAGACCCAGUCGGAACUUGCCACUCAAAACUAAAAAGAGGGAGAGAGUGGGUCAGUUUUCAAAAUCUGGUGUCACCGCCACCGAGAUAAACAGGCAGAUGCUUCGGCCCAAUCAACGUGACUGUGUCGGUACUUCUGGUUCUCACGCUCUUGACUUUGUCCUCUGGAGCACGCAUGCUCUCACCGCUGCUAAGACAGUUUCGGUUCCAAAUACAAGCACGUUCCACAUCAGACACCCAUAAUCAAGAAAAAAAUACCAAAUAAAUCGUCGUAGAAACGCUAGUUUAGGCGUGGAAAUUUCCAGGAGCAAGAGUCAAGAUUAGUCACUCCAUAAGGAUCUGGAGAAGAUUGCUUUUCCCAGACACUUGAGAGUGGUGAAGUGCUGGCCGAAAGGUUUUUGAAGAGACCGCCCUACCUUGGCCUGAGACCUGGUAGGCGGUCGGAGUGACUGAAAGCCAUGGAAGCAGCUCAAAAAGAGGAAAUCAGUGUUGAAGAUGAAGCUGUGGAUAAAAAUAUUUUCAGAGACUGCAGCAAGAUUGCUUUCUACAGGCGUCAGAAACAGAAUCUCUCCAAAAAAUCCAUCUAUCAGGUAUUAGUGGAUUCAAUCACAACAAGUGAAGAUGGCACCAGGUUCAAAAUCAUCAAUGAAGCAACUAAGGUUCCUCUCCUGGCUGAAGUUUAUAGUAUAGAGGGAAACAUUUUCAGGCUUAAAAUUAAUGAAGAGACUCCCCUGAAACCCAGACUGAAUUCAUGCUCUGGGGAUACAGGCAAUCUGGUAUUGGCAGACGGAAAAGGAGACCUGAAGUAUCACAUCACAGCAAAUCCGUUCAAGGUAGACUUGGUGUCUGGAGAAGAUACUAUGUUGAGCAUCAAUUCCCAGAGUCAGUUGUACUUUGAGCACCUGCAAAUUCCUCAUAAACAAAGAGCUGCUAAAGCAAAUGAGAAGGAGGCAUCAAUUGACACCUGUCAGGAAAAUCAAGAGAAUCUAGGCCUGUGGGAAGAGAAAUGUGGAAAUUUUGUGGAUGUCAAAGCUAAUGGUCCAACCUCCAUUGGUUUGGAUUUCUCCUUGCAUGGAUUUGAGCAUCUAUAUGGCAUCCCACAACAUGCAGAAUCACACCAACUUAAAAAUACUGGUGAUGGAGAUGCUUACCGUCUUUAUAACCUGGAUGUCUAUGGAUAUAAAAUACAUGACAAAAUGGGCAUUUAUGGUUCAAUACCUUAUCUCCUGGCCCACAAACUGGGCAGGACUAUAGGCAUUUUCUGGCUGAAUGCCUCAGAAACACUAGUGGAAAUCAAUACAGAGCCUGCAGUAGAGUACUCACAGACCCAGAUGGGGUCCGUGGCUGCUAAGCAAAAGGUCAGAUCUCGAACUCACGUCCACUGGAUGUCAGAGAGUGGAAUCAUUGAUGUUUUUCUGCUGGCAGGACCUACACCUUCUGACAUCUUCAAGCAAUACUCUCACCUUACAGGCGCCCAGGCCAUGCCCCCUCUCUUCUCCCUGGGGUACCACCAGUGCCGCUGGAACUAUGAAGAUGAACAGGACGUGAAAGCAGUGGAUGCAGGAUUUGAUGAGCAUGACAUCCCUUACGACGUCAUGUGGUUGGACAUAGAGCACACUGAGGGGAAGAGGUACUUUACCUGGGACAAAGAAAGAUUCCCAAACCCCAAAAGGAUGCAAGAGCUGCUCAGGAGCAAAAGACGUAAGCUUGUGGUCAUCAGUGACCCCCACAUCAAAAUUGAUCCUGACUACUCAGUGUAUGCUAAGGCCAAAGAACAGGGGUUCUUUGUGAGGAGCCGUGAAGGGGCAGACUUUGAAGGCGUGUGCUGGCCUGGUCUCUCCUCUUACCUGGAUUUCACCAAUCCCGAGGUCAGAGAGUGGUAUUCAAGUCUUUUUGCUUUUCCUGCUUACCAGGGAUCUACAGACAUACUCUUCAUAUGGAAUGACAUGAAUGAGCCCUCUGUCUUUAGAGGGCCAGAGCAAACCAUGCAGAAGGAUGCCAUUCAUCAUGGCAACUGGGAGCACAGAGAACUUCAUAAUAUCUAUGGUUUUUAUCAGCAAAUGGCUACCACAGAAGGACUGAUAAAACGAUCUACAGGGAAGGAAAGACCCUUUGUUCUAACACGUUCUUUCUUUGCUGGAUCACAAAAAUAUGGUGCCGUAUGGACGGGUGACAACAUAGCAGAGUGGAGUUACCUGAAAAUUUCCAUCCCGAUGUUACUCACUCUCAGCGUUACCGGAAUCUCUUUUUGUGGAGCGGAUGUAGGUGGGUUCGUUGGGAAUCCAGAGACAGAGCUGCUAGUGCGUUGGUACCAAGCCGGAGCCUACCAGCCCUUCUUCCGUGGUCAUGCCACCAUGAAUACCAAGCGGCGGGAACCCUGGCUGUUCGGGGAGGAACACACCCAGCUCAUCCGUGAAGCCAUAAGAGAGCGCUAUGCCCUCCUGCCCUAUUGGUAUUCUCUGUUCUACCAGGCACAUGUGACCUCCCAACCUGUCAUGAGGCCUCUGUGGAUAGAGUUCCCUGAUGAAUUAGAGACUUUUGGUAUAGAAAAUGAAUACAUGCUGGGAAGUGCUUUAUUGGUUCAUCCGGUCACAGAACCGAAAGUCACCACAGUUGACGUGUUUCUGCCAGGAUCAAAUGAGGUCUGGUAUGACUUGAAGACAUUUGCUCAUUGGGAAGGAGGAUGUACUGUGAAGAUCCCAGUAGCCCUGGACACUAUACCAGUGUUUCAACGAGGUGGAAGUGUAGUGCCAGUGAAGACAACUGUAGGAAAAUCCACAGGCUGGAUGGCUGAUUCCCCAUAUGGACUCCGGGUUGCUCUAUGCACUAAGGCUUCUGCAAUGGGUGAGGUAUAUCUCGAUGAUGGUCAUUCAUUUCAGUAUCUCCACCAGAAGCAAUUCUUACACAGGAAGUUUUCAUUUUGUUCCAGUGUUUUGAUCAACAGUUCUGCUGACCAGAGGGGUCAUUACCCCAGCAGGUGUGUGGUGGACAAGAUCUGGGUCUUAGGCCUCAGGAAGGAGCCAUCUUCUGUGACCACCCGCUUAUCUGAUGGUAAAGAUCAGCCUGUGGCUUUUACAUAUUUUAGCAGAACAUCCGCCCUGAGCCUGGACAAGCUCUCACUGAACAUUGGCACCUACUGGGAGGUCCACAUCAAGUAACCAAGAAGCGCCCCUGGUGAUCUGAGCAGAGAGCUGCCUGCACCUUUCUUCUCUCCACCUUAUCCUUUUCUGAGAUUUGUACUACAAUAUAAUUGACCUCCUGAGCUCAAAAUCUUUCACUGGUCACCUGUGUGCUGCUAAGGAACAAUAGAGUUCAUAUUUUAAGAUUUUAUAUUUUAUGGUAUUUUAGAUUUACUAGUGGUAUUUAAGAUUUACUAGUGAUACUCUUUAUGUCAAAAACCACUUCAUCUCCCAGACCCACAUGGCUCUGAGACAUUUGUAGGGUUCAUAAAUCUUCCAUUGCCUCUUGGACCACGGCCCUGUGGUAAGCAGUGUGUCCCAGAGAGCAGUCUCUCCUUGAGCAGGGCUGCGUGGGUUUGCUUUGAAGUAGACUAAGCCCACUUGAGUGACCCAUUUGGGGGAUUGCAGGGAUUUGCCUCAGGCCAUGAGGUAGAAUUCAUCUGGCUGCUGCAGCCAGUCUCCAAGUGGACAGUAGCUUCUGGAACCCCCCUAGAGUUAUCUUUCAUCUGCAUGGACUGGGAAAACAUCCCUCUUCUGGGUGCCCCCUGGCAACACAGAGUUACUCUUUCUAAGGAUUGACUUAGGUACAUAGAGAAUUCUUUUUUCUAGCAUGUCUCUCAAGCUCAAAAGUUCCAAAUUAAUCUUCUUAAAAUUCAAAUGCCUUUAAUUGUUUUUUACUAAAUACUAUCUACUAACAAAGGUUAUUCAUAAUAUAAGUAGGCUACUAUGUAUAGUUAAUAAUGAAAUAAGGCUAGGCGCAGUGGCUCACACUUGUGAUUCUAGUACUUUGAGAGGCCGAAUUACCCUGUUUCCCCGAAAAUAAGACAGUGUCUUAUUUUAAGGUGUGCUCCCAAAGAUGCGCUAGGUCUUAUUUUCAGGGGACAUCUUAUCUUUCCUGUAAGUAGGUCUUAUUUUUUGAGGAUGUCUUAUUUUCGGGGAAACAGGGUAGGAGUCUUGCUUGAGGCCAGGAGUUAGAGAAAAAUAGAAAAUGAGCCAGGCAAAGUGGUGCGUGCCUGUAGUUCUAGCAACUCAGGAAGCUGGGGCAGGAGGAUCACUUGAACCCAAGAGUUUGAGGUUUGCUGUGAGUUUUGAUGACGUCACUGCACUAUAGCCCAGGACAGGGGUCCUCAAACUUUUUAAACAGGGGGCCAGUUCACUGUCCCUCAGACAGUUGGAGGGCCGGACUAUAGUUUAAAACAAAAACUAUGAACAAAUUCCUAUGCACACUGCACAUAUCUUAUUUUGAAGUAAAAAAACAAAACGGAUACAAUAUUUAAAAUGAAGAACAAGUAAAGUUAAAUCAACAAAUUUACCAGUAUUUCAAUGGGAACUGUGAGCCUGCUUUUGGCUAAUGAGAUGGUCAAUGUCCGGUUCCAUAUUUGUCACUGCUAGUCAUAACAAGUGAUGCAAGUGUGCAUCAGUUAGUCUAGAUUUGGUUGGAGAUUUCAGACGUUUCAUUCUGGAAAAAGUCUAUUCACAGACAUAAGUGCUGCUAAAGAUGGUUGCCAUUUUGAGUGCAUGGUUCCUGAGAUUAGGAUAUGUCUCAGAGGGGAGAGAUGCACAGAAAUUAGGAAGGCUACUUGACUUAAAUGCGUCUUUCAGAGAGUCAUAAUGCUGUAGUUCAGCCAGUUCCAUCUGCUAAAUCGUAUCCACAUGUUCAAUGUCAAUAGAAAAUGGGUUACGGAAAAGCUGUAUGUCCUGUUCUUGGAGAUGAAGCUCUUUAAAUCUAAAUUGGAAAUCCUUUUGCAACUUUUCCAGUGAAUCCACACAUGUUUUAUUUGGGAAUGCAACCAAUGGAUUUUCCGCUAACAGAUUUUGAGUUGUGGGGAGAUGGCAGAAAUUUUCCUCCUUCACUUGUUUGAUGAGGAGGCCUAAUUUUACUUCAAGUGCUUUCACAUGUGUUUGCAUAUCACAGAUGAGCUUCCCCUUUCCUUGAAGUUGCACAUUGAAACUGUUGAGUAGCUCUGUUACAUCUGUCAGAAAGGCAAGGUGCCAUUUCCAUUCUGCAUCAUUGAGCUCUGCUACUUCUUUGUUUUUUGAAAGCAGAAAAGCUGUAAUAUGUGGAAGUAAGUCAUAGAAAUGUUUCAAAACUCUCCCUCGACUCAGCCAAUGGACUUCUGUGUGGUACGGAACAUCUUCACAGGCAACAUUUAGCUCAGACAGAAAUUCCUGAAAUUGUCUGUGGUUUAGUACAUUACCUCUAAUGAAGUUAACACAAGAUGCUACAGUUUUCAUAACAGAGUCACACUUCAGUGAUUUACUUCACAGCGCUUGUUGGUGGAUGAGGCAGUGUAUAGCUAUUGGAUGAGAAUGGUUAUGUUUGUCCAUCUCUUGGUUCAUGCAAGCAAUUACUCCUUUCUUAGACCCCACCAUGCUAGGAGCACCAUCAGUUGUGACACUGGCUAGUUUUGCCCAGUCCAGCUCCAAACUAUUCACAGUUUGGCAAAACUUUUCAUAGAAAUCCUCUCCUAUAGUUUUUCCUUUGAUGCUUUGCAGUGCAGCAAGCUCUUCUGUGACUUUGAAAUAGUCAUUUGUCCCAUGAAUAAAAAUUAGAAGUUGUGCAGAAUCAUGAACAUCAUUACUUUCGUCGAGUGCCAAGGAAAAAUAGGAAAGUUUUUUUGCAGAGUUUUGCAAAUGCUGAUGCAAAUUGUCUCCCAUUUCUUCAAUCCUUCAUGUAAUUGAGGGUCCUGAAAGACUCACUGUACUAAAUAAAUCGGCCUUCUCUGGACACAUCUCUUUGGCAACAGAAAGAAGGCAUUCUUUAACAAAUUCUCCCUCCACAAAUGGUGUGCCAGUGCACGCUGUUAGCUUGGCAACUUGAAAACUUGCUCGCAGUGAUGAAGUAUUUAGCUGUUUCUGCUUCACAAAAGUAUUUUGCUGAGUUGUCAAUGUAUAUUUAAGUUUUAAUAUUUUAUCUUUUCUCACUUCUCCAACCAACCAAUCAUAUUUAUCUUUAUGUUGAGUUUGAUAGUGUCAACGCAAAUUGUAUUCUUUGAACACAGACACUAUAUUCUGGCAUAUCAAACACACAGCUCUUUCCUUGUACUGCACGAAAAAGUAAUCAUAAGUCCACUGUUCUUUGAAUAUCUUACACUCUGAGUCAAUUUUUCUCUUUCUUGAUAUCAUUGUUUCCUAGGGAUUCCAAAUUGCUAGUAGUAAAAUACCAAUAUACAUAUACAGCAUGCCAAAAACAAUAUACCAGCAAUAACUUUGCCCACAUGGAGACAUAUAAACUGCACUGCCCAUCAAUGCAGUCUGAUCAGUGUCCAUCAAGGCAGCCUUGCCAGUCCACAUCAUUUCAGCCUCACCAGUGCCCAGAUGGUGGAAGUCCACUUUUACCUCAGGCUCAUACUGGUGCGGUGCAGGAACAGGCACAAUUACAGAGCUGGUUCCUCCACCACCUUUCCAGUUCACACUACCCUAUAUGAACCACACUGCGAUCUGUGAACUCGCACAGGAAUCUGAUUGCAUGGGUGAGAAGACCCAUGCGAUCAGAUUCCACUGCAGGAAAAAAGAAGGCAUGUAUGCCUUUUUUCUUCCUUAUCUAAUGUGAGUUCAGCCAUACGAGCAUAUGGCUGAAAUUGCACUGCUCAGAGAUUGCAACAUUGUGAACCAGGGCUUACACAGCAUACAACAUACAACAUCAUACACAAUUGAAUAGCAAUCAGAACAUAAAUGCACACACUGACUGCUGACAAUUUGCAUUAAUACUGAGCGCUAACAAUUUGUAUGAACACUGAGCACUUACAAUUAUCAUUACCACUGAGCUCUGACCAUUUGCAUUACCUCUGAGCACUGACAAUUCGCAUUAGCACUGAGUGCUGACUAUUUGUGUUAUCACUGUGAUGCAACCCCCCUAGAAACCACCCCCAACCAACUAACCAACUUAAAAAAAAAAAAGGCUCUCCUAACUUCAAAAAAAAAGGCACCCCUAUCUGCAAAAAAAAAAAAAACCUCCUAACUUCCAAAAAAAGGCCCCCCUUAACCACAAAAAAAAGAGCCCUACUAACUGCAAAAUUUUUUUAAAAAUAGACCUCCUAACUUCAAAAAAAAAAUCCUAACUUGUUCUUACCUUGGUCCUUAGACUGCAUAGGCAACCUGGUGACUCCUCCGAUUACACCAGAGACCAAGAGGAGGAGUCAAGAGACAGAGAGAAGGAGGGGAGUCGGAGAGUGUGGGGCACAUUCCACACAUGCGCACUGCAGGCCGGGACGAGUGGGCUGCUAAGCAGGACAGCAAAAACACCUGUCGGGGAGAGACAGAGAGAAAGAGCAGAGUCAGAGAGUUGGUGCAUAUUCCACACAUGUGCACUGUGGCCCAGGACGAGUCAGCUGCUAAGCAGGACAGGCAGGGCAGCAAAAACACUUGGCGAGCCAGAUAAAUGUCCUCAGCGGGCCGCAUGUGGCCUGCAGGCCGUAGUUUGAGGACCCCUGGCCCAGGAGACAUAGGGAAACCCUAUCUAGAAAGACAGGAAGGAAGGGAGAGAGGGAGAAAGGAAGGAAGGAGGCCCUCGUUCCCCACAACCAAACCUCAGAAAUAGGCUGGGAUUAGAAUUAGGUACUUGCCUUGGCCACAGAAUUUAAGGAGGUGCCAAAAAUACAGUAAUCAAAAUAAAUAUUUUAAUGUACUAUUUAAAAAAAUCAAAAUUAAUACAAAAACCCUAUGAUGAAUAAAAUAUGAAAAUUUUAAAUGAAGACAGGAUCAGUAUAACCUUUUCCUCAGCUUAUAGUGUGGCUUGGCAUGGGACAGACGCUCCCUGGUCUGGAGACCCCAGUGACUCCCUGCUGCCUGCCACAGCAUCUGUUGAGCAGCCCUAGCUCCUCAGCACCCUCAGUGCACACAAUUUCUUGUUUUUUAAGGGGAAUCUAAGCCAUGAGAUGCUCCCAACUUCUUGCCAGCUGCCACCUCUGAGCCUUUGCCUUCUGUUCCCUGGGUGGCAGCAUCCUCUCCUCCUAACCCCUAUGCAAUCUUCUCAUCCCACCAGGCCCAAAUCCCCCCUUUCCAUGAAGCCUUUGUAACUGCUCUGACACCCCUACUCCUCCAUGACCAUUAGCAGUGAUUAUGCCAUCUCUGAAAUGCUACCCCACUCAUAAUUUAUUCCACUUAGCAUUAUCAGGGAUUGUACCUUAAUGUUUCAAGUAGGUCCCUGUUCCCCUACUAGACUGUAUGUUCUUAAGAGUAUGUUCUAUUUUUCUUAUGUCUGACAGAGCACCCUUAGGCUUGAUUUUAAGUAACUGUAGUCUGUGAUUGCUUAACUGGUGGAUUUAAUUGAUUUGAAAGUGAAGAUGGAAUGUAUUUGUUUCUGAUUUACUUUUCUGGCACAAGAUUCUUCCUAAGGGUAGUAAAUGUUGUGCAUUUCCUUGUGGACACAUUUCAUUGUAUUAUUUGAAAUUUGAACUCUGCACCAUUUAUAAGGUCACAUAGACCCAUGCACAUUCUCGGCCCCUAUUUCUCUUAAGUUUGGCCAUGGAGGAGAAAGAAAGAACCCUACAACAACUGAAGUCAUUUCCUGCUUCAAAUUUCUCUUGCCACCCUAAAAUAAGAGUCUUAAAACUGGAUGCUUUUCCAUAAUAUAAAUGAUGGUUUUUAUUAGCUUUUAAAGCUAAAUAAUUAAAAACUAUCUUGGCUGGGCACAAUGGCUCAUGCCUGUAAUCCUAGCACUCUGGGAGGCCAAGGCUGGUGAAUAGCUUGAGCUUAUGGAUUGGAGACCAGCCUGAGCAAAAGCGAGAUCCUGUCUCUACUAAAAAUAGAAAAACUGAGACAAGAGGAUUGCUUGAGCCCAAAGAGUUGGAAGUUGCUGUGAGCUAUGAGACCAUGGCACUCUACCAAGGGCAGCAAAAUGAGACUCUGUCUCAAAAAUAAAUAAAUAAACAACAACAACAAAAAACAGAAACUGCCCAAUGGAAAGGUAAUUCACAAAAGAGACUGAAACAGACAAAAUAAGCAUGUGAAAGAUGUUCAGCCUCAUUAAUUAAUAAUCAAAUACAUGAUUUUCUUCCUGAUUGGCCAAGCUUAAAAAGAAUGAAAAUGUCCAGUUCUGACAUUGGUAUGGGGAAUGAGCCCUCUUGUGCUCCAUGGGUAGAAUUACAAAAAAGUAUAAUCUUUAAGGAUGGAAAUCUGGCAAUAGUAUCAAAAUUUUAAAUUUGCAUGCUCUAACCCAAAAAUUCCACUUUGGAUAAAUCAGAUAAAUGCUCAGAGCUACUAAUUGCAAUGUGGUGUAUACUGUGGGAAACUGGAAAUAAGUUAAAUGUCCUUUACAGGAGCUUGGUUAAAUAUAACACUGUCAGGCAGUGGUAUAUGGUGCAGCUAUUUGAACCAAUAAUCUGUAUGUAUCAACAUAGAAAUGUUUUUGAUUAACGUUUGCUGAAUUAUUUCAUCUAAGUAAAAAUUAGAAUAGAACAAACUCAAAGGCUAUCCUAUACUCUUCAAAGCACAAAGCCCAUGAAAAACAAGUCUGAGAAGCUGUCCCAAACUGAAGGAGACUGACGAGAGACAUGACCAGGUCAAUGUGAUCCUGGGCCAGGUUCUGGGCCUGUAACGAGCAUUAUUGAGACAGUUGGCAACACUCUCAUGCAGCAGUUCUCAACCUUUGGGUCAUGACCCCUUUGUAACAAUGAAAAUACAUCCUGUAUUUCAGAUAUUUACAUUAUGAUUCAGAACAGUAGCAAAAUUACAGUUAUGAAGUAGCAACAGAAAUAAUUUUAUGGUUGGGGGUCACCACAACAUGGGGAACUGUAUUAAAGGGUCACGGCAUUAGGAGGCAUUAGGAAGGUUGAGAACCACUGCUGUAAUGGGAUCUUUAGAUUGCUUGGUAAUUUUCCUACUUUUGAAGAUUAUACUAUGAUUAUACACAUAUAGAAGAUUUCCUUGGUUUUAGGAAAAACAUAAUUCUGGGGUUUGUCCUGUAGGCAGAAUCCCUUCAGUAUUCAUGUGCCUAUUAUUAGUAGGGUAUCAUAAGGAUAGUAAAAACAGAAAGUAAAAACACAUGACUAUCUGGAGCUGAAUGGUUUUUAGCUCAUAAUUAACCACAAUACCUAAAUCCUUCUGGGUAAUGGGAAUCCUAUGACAAUUCACAGUCCACUCUCCUUUUUUUUGAGACAGAGUCUCAAGCUAUCACCCUGGAUAGAGUGUUGUGGCAUCCCAGCUCACAGCACCUCCAACUCUUGGGCAUAAGUGAUUCUCUUGCCUCAGUCUCCCAAAUAGCUAGGACUACAGGCUCCUGCCACAAUGCCCAGCUAUUUUUUUGGUUGUAGUUGUCGUUGUUUUAGCUGGCUCAGGCUGGGUUCGAACCCACCAGCCUUGGUGUAUGUGGCCGUGCCCUACCAACUGAACUACGGGUGCUGCCCAUUUUUUUUUUUUUUUAUUGUUGGGGAUUCAUUGAGGGUUCCAUUCUCCUUUUAAGAUCUCUACCUGCUGAGCCCUCUGAAUGCCUGGCAUCAUUCCAAAGGGCACUCUAGACUAAAAUAACUUCUCAGGCCAGGGGGCUCAGAAGCCAUCAGUAGAACAGACCAUGGAGGCCAUAUAGCUACAAUCUAGAAGAAGGAAAGGAGGCAUUGGCAUCUGAUACCAGACCUGCUUGUCUUAUGACCAGCCUUACUAAAGGCUGCAGUGCCACAGCAAGACCUGCCAGAAUUCCACAGCUGCUGCUUGACCAUUGUUUCCAGCCAGGAUGAUAGUUCUAGAUUCCUCUUUCCAAUCAAAGCUAGGGGAAAGGAAGUUUGACUAUUUAUUUGUGAUAAUCCAGAGAGCUCAUGCCUAAUUCACAUUGAUGGAGUCUUAAUUAUGCAUUUAUUUAUUUAUUUACUGGAAAUCAGGAGACCAGAGGUCACAUUUGGAUCUAUAGUAAACUGGUUGAGUGAUCUUGGCCAUGCCAUUUAACCUCUCUGGGCCUUGGUUUCCUCAUUUAUAAAAAAAAAAAAAAAGAGAGAGAGAGAGAGAUAAUAUCUAAAAUCCUGUGAGUUUUCCCAUACUUAAUUAUUUAAAAAAAAAAAACCAGUAGAUAUCUCAAGUUUCCUCAGUUUCAGAAUAGAAUCAAACCUGAAGAGUUGUUCUCCAAAUUAAUAAUACAUGUAUGGAAAGGGAAAAGUAGUAUAACAUUACCAUGGACAAACCUGAUAGAUACCACCUUGGCUAGGGCAGCACCCAUAGCUCAGUGGAUAGGGCGCUGGCCACAUACACCUAGGCUGGAGGGGUUCUAAACCCAGCUAAACAACAAUGACAACAGCAACAAAAAAAUAGCCAGGUGCUGUGGUGGGCUCCUUAGUCCCAGCUCCUUGGGAGGCUGAGGCAAAAGAAUCCCUUAAGCCCAAGAGUUUGAGGUUGCUGUGAACUGUGACGCCACAGCACUCUACCAAAGGCGACAUAGUGAGACUCUGUCUCAAAAAGGAAAAAAAAAAAGAUGCCGCCUUGGCUAAGUGAUCAACGUUGACAUCACCUAUAAUAAAAUAUAUCAUGUACCCUCAAAUAUUAUUGGGGAAGGGCAUGUCACAUCUGUGAUAUCUUCCCCCAAAUCCAUAACUCUAGUCUAAUCCUGUGAAAAACAUCAGACAAACCCAAUGUGAAGGACACUCUACAAAAUGACUAUUCAGUACUCUUCAAGUGUCAAGGUCAUGAGAGACAAAGACUGGAAUUGUCAGAGCUUAAAGGACACUAGGAGUCCCAUCUUUGCAAUUUGUAAUUCUAAAAUUAUUUUAAAAUUACAUUUUGAAAGCACACUAUGUGAAGUGGCUAGCUCAUAGUAGGCACUUGAUGAAUGGUAGGUGCUAUAAUUAUAAGCAACUAUACUAUUCUUCUGAUAGUGUUAAAGAAAUAUUUUUUGGUAGAAAAGACAGUGUUGAGGCUUGGCGCCUGUAGCUCAGUAGCUAGGGCACCAGCCACAUACACCGGUGCUGGUGGGUUUGAACCCAGGUGCCAAAACAACAAUGACAAAGAUAACAAAAAAAUAGCCGGUUCUUUAUCCUUGAAGAGGUUUCUGGGAAUUGAAUUGUGUAGCUUUUUGUAUGCUUGUUACCUGUCCUUGGUUCGUGAGCUCAAAUUGGAUGUCUCCUGAUAGCUUUGGUUGCCACAGCUGUGCCGUUGAAUAAACCUGAAUUUUGAC